GGUACGCAAUCAACUACUUAUCUGCAAGGAACAACCGGGGUUUUUAAAUAUAUGGAUAUAUAAAAUAUUAAGAAGUUAUUAAGAAAAACUUAACAAUGAACCAAAAGACGACGUCUCUUCUCUUCAAAGCGCUGCUGGAUAAAAAUGACGCGUAUUUUUUAAAGCUUUUUCGGGGAAACACGAGAGGAACACAAUUCAGACAUUUGGGUUCUUCUGGGAUUUUGCCUGCACGGAGGACCAGCCUUCAACUCUGCCCUGUCACCCCCAUGAGCACACCCAGCCGCAGCUUCAUCAACCUGGCAGCUCCUAUCAGCACACGCAGGAUGGAGUACACAGAGUGCCGGAUAUUGGAGUACACACCAGAGCAGAUGUACAACGUGGUGGCCGAUGUAGAGAAGUAUCAGCAUUUUGUUCCUUGGUGCAAGAAAUCUCGAAUGAAGAAAGGAUCGAAUGGGAACAUCUGGGCAGAGCUUGAAAUAGGCUUUCCUCCCAUCAUUGAACGUUACACAUCUGAGGUCACCUUUGUUCCAAACCACCAAGUCAAAGCUGUGUGCACUGAGGGGUCCCUCUUCAGCCAUCUUGAAACAAUAUGGAGAUUUGCACCUGGAUCCAAAGACCUACCGGACUCCUGUAAAGUGAAUUUCUCUGUCUCAUUUGAGUUCAAGUCUCUUCUGCACUCUCAGCUUGCCACUAUGUUUUUUGAUGAAGUGGUGAAGCAAAUGGUCAAUGCCUUUGAGUCACGGGCAGCAACACUUUAUAGAAGCCAGCCAGAAGCACCGUUGAGGAGACGGUUGGCAUUAAGCAACGCUCUCUGACCCCCUUUUCAUACAUACCCCUCCGGCUGUCAACCAUUCCCUCUCAUCCUGCUGAUUUUAACCAUUAUCCACCCUUGUCGGGAGACUGGAUCUUCCUGUUGCACUGAUUUGUAUUUUAUUGUUGACAUGUAUAUAGAAUGUGCACCUAAUUUUAUUUAUUUAUUAAGCAAUAAGCUAAUUUAUUUACAUUAUUAUACAUUUGUAUUUAUUUUAUGGAUACGAAUAAAUGCAUGGUUUCAAAUUAAUAUGUUUGACUGAAAUUGAUUUUUUCUAAACUUGUGGGAUUAAAACUCCUGCUUUCUGAAA